AAAAUCACAGACGUGGGAUGUAUCUGCAGAUGACCCAGGAUGGGAGAGUGUCAGGAAGUGAUGCUCAGACCCUUUACAGUGUCUUGGAGCUGAAAUCAGUCAGACCAGGCCACGUAGUCAUCAAGGGACGGUCAACAUCUCUGUUUCUCUGUAUGGACAGUGGGGGCCAGCUGAGAGGACAGAGGCAGUAUGAAGAGGCUGACUGCACCUUCAGAGAACUGCUGCUGGCAGACGGAUACACCCGUUUGCUUUCCUCACACUAUGGAUUUCCAGUGUCUCUGGUAUCAAAACACUCCCCACAUCGAAAUUCACUUCCUUUCACUCGAUUCCUACCAAUUACGAAUACAUUGACAAGGGUGAGCGUGUCUGACCAACCACCAAAUAAUCAGAAAUAUUUCAACAUGGACUCUGAUGAUCUUCUUGGAAUGGGUUUAAACUCUAUGUCCAGUCCUCACUUCUCAAUGGACAAGUAA